AUGCCCUGCGGGAGUCAUUCUGGAGGAUCCAAGGGGCUCACGAGGGGGGAUGUGAACACCCAUGGGACAGGCCAGUGCAACCAGGCCAUAUCAUUCACACCGCUUGAAUCGCAGACGAACGUAAAUGAUUUCGAUUUCGGGAGCAACCACAGGCGAAGCCACCAAAUGAGCUACGGUUUCAUUCCGCUGAAUUCCUUUGGCCAGCUUUUGUUGUUGCUGCAGGAAGAGCCGAGAGGAUCAUCUUUAUGGAAAACAACCAGCACAAAACGACGAGAAGGACGCAGAAAUCAUAAAGUGGUUUUGAACAAGUUAAAAAAGCGCAUAGGGAAAAGGAAGGAAAAAGCUCAGAACCAAUCUCAUUCAUAGCGAUCCGUGCGCACAGUGGGGCCAAUUAGAUUUAUUAGAGCCUCGCAAUUAUGGAUUUCAGAUAAUACCACCGUGAUAUCGCCGGGCUCCAGAAAAAGGGCAAAGCGGAGGAAGCGGGAAUCAAAAGCAUAUGCAAAAGCACACUCACACACACGUGUGUGUGCGUGUGUGUGAGUGGGUAAAUUUGAUAAAGAAUGAGAAUAGGCUGCGGAGAAAGAAAUUGCAGCAACAAUGUGAAUGGAAAUGGGAAUGGGGCACAACAAUAGCGGGGGACCUCAAAAACAGCAUAACGAACAAAAAAAAUCACAGGACCAGCAAAAAGUGAAGAGCUAAAUUGUAAAUCGAAAUUCCAAGAAGUGAGCUUUGAGCAUCGGCUCUUAUUUUAUUUUUUUUUUGUUUUUUACUCGGUCGUCUGUGCAUUAAAAUGCCUGCAAAGUGUGCGAAAAAAGCGUUUGAGAUACUUUUGUGCGCGCGCGCUUUUCGCAAAUCACUGCCAAAAGGGUUAAGGGUGGUGCGGUGGGCAGGCAUGGGUUAAAGGCUGGGCGGUCCCAGCUUUCGCGCGUGUGUGUGUGUGUGGUAGACAAUGCAACGCAAUUAGAAAGAGGCGCAAAGAGGAGCCAGCGAUCGGAUGUCUAGGUGAGAGAUACAAAAAGAGCAACUUUUCAACGUCCCCCUAAAACUUAUUGAAAUGCAAUUUAUUUAUAAUAAAACUAUUCAUUU